CCUGUCGGCCAUCUCCGCGCUCUGUACCUUGCUUACUUCCAUGCCUAUCAUACCAACGGUUCAUUGAGCUCUUCUUCAUACACAACAUGGCUGUCGAAACUUACAAGAUGUGGGUACGAGGCCAGGAAGCCGAAGGUCAAGCGGAGCAGCUAUCAGUUGAGGAUCCCUCCACCGGCGACAUAUUUGCAAAAUGCCACGCAGCUUCCCCCCAAGACGUCGACUCAGCAGUCCGAAAUGCACAUGCCACUUUCAAAGCAGGCGUCUGGUCAAAAGCGCCCCGCCAUGUCCGCGCAGACACCCUGGAGCGCGCUGCAGAUCUUCUAACCAAGAAUAUAUCCCGGCUUAUCGAGCUGGAAGUUCGACAGAGUGGACGCGCCAUCCGGGAAAUGAAUGCCCAGGUGCCGACUUUGACCAAAUGGUUCAAGUACUACGCCAGCUUGAUACGCGUCGAGGAGCGAAGCGUGAUGCCUACCAUGGGGAAGCUCCACAACUGGAUUGACCGCGUGCCGUUGGGAGUCGUUGCCCAGAUUACGCCUUUCAAUCAUCCAAUGCUCAUCGCGGUGAAGAAGAUUGCACCUGCCUUAGCGGCAGGCAACUGUGUCAUCCUCAAGCCCAGCGAGCUCACUCCUCUGACAAGCAUUGAGCUGGCCAAGUUGCUAAAGGAGGCGGGCCUUCCCGAUGGCGUCUUCACAGUCCUUCCCGGAGACGGAGCCACUACCGGAAAAGCACUCGUCUCGCAUCCCCUCAUCAAGAAAGUGGACGUAACAGGCGGCACUCCUGCAGGCCGUGCUAUCGGCGCCAUAGCAGGCGGCAACCUAGCGCACUUCACUGCUGAGCUGGGCGGCAAAGCACCCCUAAUCGUCUUCGAGGAAGCCAACAUUGAUGCCGCCGUCAACGGAAUUGCCUUCGGGAGCUUCAUCGCGAGCGGCCAGACUUGUGUCGCAGCCACCCGCAUCAUCGUCCACAAAAAUAUCACCAAUAAAGUCCUCGGAAAGCUUCGCAAGAAGGCUGAGAGCAUCGAGCGUCGCAUGGGCAGCCCUUCAAACCCAGAAUCCAUGAUGGGCCCGCUCAUCUCAGCUAAGCAACUCGAAAACGUGCGCUCGCUCGUCGACGAGGCGCUGGAAUCCGGCGUAUGGGUGUACGCGGGUGGCAAGCGCAUGACGGAUACUUCUCCCCUCGAUGGCACCGACUUCUCCAAAGGCUACUACUACCCGCCGACCAUUCUUGCCGACAGCCCAGACCACAAGAUUGUGGACACGCGAAUCUGGAAAGAGGAGGCCUUUGGACCGGUCAUAGUGGUGGUGGAGUUCGACACGGAAGAGGAAGCACUCAAGCUGGCGAACGACAGUGAGUUCGGCUUGGGCGCCGCCAUAUGGACGCAGGAUCUGGCUCAGGCGUAUCGUGUCUCGGAGGCAAUUGAAGCGGGUAUCUGUUGGGUGAACACGCACCACCGGAACGAUCCGAGCAGUCCGUGGGGCGGGAUCAAGACCUCGGGUGUAGGGAGUGAGAAUGGUGUUGAUGCCUACCACGCAUAUACAACGACUAAAAGUACCAUCAUUAACUACGCCACAGCAGAAGAAAGCAUCGCAAACGAUGACUGGUUUCGUGAGGGCACGGGAGAGGUUAGAUAUGGGUAACCUCGUCGAAUUAGCCUCGCACAAUAAAAGACGAUCAUUGGCCAUUAAGAACCUUUGCACAGCGCAACACUAACCACACAUUAAUUAAAAUCAACGGUCAAGAUGUACACAAAACAAAACACAGACAACGCCCGCGCCCGCGCCACGCAUCGCUCCAUUGUCGCUGCAUCCCAAGCUCAACACAUCAACCGCGAACAUUCAAAUCAGCAGCACUAUCAAUCCCAACCCCCUCCAAUUCCGCCACGAGCAAACCCUCUAAUCAGAGUACUCCCCCAUGAUCUUGUUCAAGUACUUUUUCUGCACAGCCUUGUCCCUCGGCGCCCUCCCCACCGUCCCCUCCCCGGCCUGCUCCUACAAAGGCUUCUUCACCCCCUUGGCACGGGCUCUCAUCCUCA